GUGUUUCGCUCAAUCAUAACAUGAGUUAUGUUUUGAAUGAAAAACAUUUUUUGAUAACAUUUUUGCUACAAAUUGAUGAUUGAAACCAUUUUUACACACAUUUCUAAUGAUAUUGUUUUCGAUAUAAUCAUUAAUAAAAGCAUUGAUUAGUAUUGUAUGCGAUACUGAAGAUCACUCGCGAGAGACACAAGCGGUGGUUAAGCGGCGGUGAUAUCGGGCGCGACGAUGGCGUCGACCGGUGUAUUGCCGUUCGUGAGGGGCGUCGACUUGAGCCGCAACGAGUUCCAGGACGAGAACUUUCCCAAAGAGUUGCGAGACAUGCGAAACGUGCGAUGGCUUAAACUGAACCGAACGCGUAUGGAUUGGAUCCCCGAAGAGUUGGCCGCAGUGUCCAAACUGGAGACCCUAUCCCUCGUCCGCAACAAUUUGGUGACACUUCACGGAGAGUUGGCUUCGUUGCCGUCGCUUCGGUACCUGAGCUGUCGUCACAACAAUAUUAAAAACUGUGGCAUUCCUUCGGAGAUCUUCCAAUUGGACGAACUCUUGGUUCUCGAUCUGAGUUACAAUCAGUUACGGGAUGUGCCCAACGAGUUGGACCGAAGCAGAGGUCUUCUUGUGCUCAACUUAAGCCAUAAUAGCAUUCAAACGAUUCCCAACCAAUUGUUUGUCAAUUUAACCGAUUUAUUGUAUUUGGAUUUAAGCCAUAAUUGUUUAGACACACUUCCGCCGCAAAUGAGACGUUUGGUGAGUCUUCAGACGCUUGUGUUAAGCCAUAACCCGUUAGCGCACAACCAGUUAAGACACUUACCAUCGUUAACAUCACUCAAGUCAUUAAACCUUCGCAAUACUGAGCGCAACCUCCAGAAUAUGCCCCACUCUUUGGACGGUUUGGUUCACCGUGACCAGAGGUUGUGGAGGAGUGUUGACUGUGUGCACAGUGUCGAGGACUGUGUGCACAGUGUCGAGGACUGUGUGCUCAGUGUCGAGGACUGUGUGCUCAGUGUCGAGGACUGUGUGCUCAGUGUCGAGGACUGUGUGCUC